AUGUCGCACAGCCACUCCCAUGAUGGUGCGUCGCAUUCGCACUCUGCCGCCGACCACGGGCAUACCCAUGAGAUCCUCGACGGACCGGGCAGCUAUGUGGGACGUGAAAUGCCCAUCAUCGAGGGACGAGAUUGGGAGGACCGGUCGUUUACCGUGGGAAUUGGAGGACCCGUAGGAUCCGGAAAGACCGCCCUUAUGCUGGCUCUCUGCAAGCAUCUCCGAACACGCUUCUCCAUAGCCGCAGUGACCAAUGACAUCUUCACCCGCGAGGACUGCGAGUUCCUGACCAAGAACAAUGCCCUACCUGCCGAGCGCAUUGUUGCCGUCGAAACCGGAGGCUGCCCCCACGCGGCUGUCCGUGAAGACAUCUCCGUGAACCUCAUGACUCUGACCAACCUCCACCACAAGUUCAACACCGACCUACUCCUCAUCGAAUCCGGCGGCGACAACCUUGCUGCAAACUACUCGCGCGAACUCGCAGACUUCAUCAUCUAUGUCAUUGAUGUCUCUGGAGGCGAUAAAAUUCCAAGGAAGGGUGGACCCGGUAUCACACAGUCGGAUCUGCUGGUGGUAAACAAGAUCGAUCUGGCUGAGGCUGUAGGCGCUGACCUCAAUGUCAUGGAGAGGGACAGUAGGCGGAUGCGUGAAGGGGGACCGACCAUUUUCGCCGUUGUAAAAAGGGACCAGGGCGUCGACGCCAUUGUAGAUUUGAUCCUAUCUGCAUGGAAGGCAUCGGGUGCAACACAGGCACGCAAACAAAAGUUUGAGCCUACCCUGAUGAGUGAAGAGGGCAAAGAGAGGAGCUACAGCAUGAACUGA